AUGAUCUUCACAUUCUAUUUUUUACUUUAUUCCAUUCUUUCUUUUCUUUUCUUUUCUUUCUUUCUUUUUUCUUUCUUUCUUUUUUUUCUUUCUUUCUUUCUUUCUUUUUUCUUUCUUUCUUUCUUUCUUUCUUUCUUUCUUCCGUUUUUAUUCACUCUAUUUAUUCACACUUUUCUUAUGCCUACAUUUGACUUUAGUAUUUCAGAAAUAUUUUUAUUUUCGUUUUCUCCCUUUGGAUUACCUUCACUUUCAUUCUCCAUUUUAUUCUUUCUUUCUUUCUUUUUUCUUUCUUAUGUGUUUUAUUAUAUCUUUCGUCCUUUGUUCUUUUGUCUACGUUGUCUUAUCAAUUUCUAUUUUAAUUUUUUUUUUCAUAAUUUUUCUCUUCUGAUUAACUUUGCAUUUUCUUUCAUUUAUUCUUUCAGUUUUUAUUUCUUUUCAGUUCUCGAUUUACACAUUUAUUAUAUGUUUAUGCCUGUCUUUCUUUCUUUUUCUCUGUUUUAUUCAUUCUCCAUCUUUAUUCUCUCUGCGUUAUCUCUCCCCAUUUUUCUUUUAAUUCUUUCUUUCUUCCUUUUUCUUUCUCUUUCUUUCUUUCUUUCUUUCUUUCUUUCUUUUCUUUCUUCCGUUUUUAUUCACUCUAUUUAUUCACACUUUUCUUAUGACUACAUUUGUCUUGUCUUUCUUCAGAAAUAUCUUUACUUUCGUUUUCUCCCUUUGGAUUACCUUCACUUUCAUUCUCCAUUUCUUUCUUUCUUUCUUUCUUUCUUUCUUUUUUCUCUUUUGAUUUUCAUUUCUUUCUUCCUUUCCUUCUUCGGUUUUGUUUUCUCUUCUUAUUACAUAUAUUUACUUUUUAAUUAUUCCUUUAUCCUUCAUUUUUUUCUUUUUUUCUUGUUUUACUUCCAUUUUUUAAUAUGUCAUUCUUCGUUUCUUCUUCGUUUUGCACUUUCAAAACUAUUUUUUAAAAUAUUAUUCCUUGGGUAUCUAUCUAUAUAUUUAUUUCCUUCAAUCUUUUUCUUUCUUUUUUUUUUUUUCAAUUAUUCUAGCAUUCAUUAUUUUUUUCCUUUCUUUUGCUUUUUAUUCAUUCAUUUUUGUCCUUUUUUCUUCUUCUGCCCCUAUUCCAUUCAUUUUCUUUUUUUCGAAUUCCUUCAUCGUUUGUUUCCCUCUAUUUUCUUCCUUUAUGAUUUUCAUUCGUUUCUUUACAAUUCAAUCAGUCUUUCUUUAUUUCUUCUUUUCUCUUUUUUGUCUUCCUUCCUUCGGUCACUUGAUUUACUUUUUAUUCUCUUACUUAAUUUUUACAUCUUUCUUUACUCUUUCUUUUUUCUUUUAUUUUUCCUUCUGUCAAUAUGUUUGAUCCCUUCUUUCCUCCUUCAUUCGGUGAUUUUUCUUCUAUGCAUCCAUUAUUUUCCCGUUUAUUUCUUCCUCAUUCCUUUUCAUAGUUUUCUUGUAUUCAUUCACAUCUUAUUUAACCGCCUUUUGAAUCUUUCCUCCCCUUUUUUUCCUUUUCUUUAUUUCAUACAACUUCUUUUCUUUCUCUCUUCCUUUCUUCAUUUCUUUAUUUUCUCUUUCCUUCUCACUUUCUUCUUCAGAGAGGUGUCGUUUUCAUUGCCGCCCUGUGCGUUCGGUAGGAAACACGGCUUCUGCUUCUUCUUCUUCUUCUUCUUCAUUAUUAUUAUUACUAUUAUUAUUAUUAUUAUGCCGGUUACUACUACUACUAUAUCUAUCUAUCUAUUUAUCUCAUUCUAUUCAUAUCUAUCUAUCAAUAUAUCUAUCUAUCUCUUUCUAUUCAUAUCUAGCUAUCUAUCGCAUUCUAUUCAUAUCUAUCUAUUUAUCUAUCUAUCUAUCUAUCUAUCUAUCUAUCUAUCUAUCUAUCUAUCUAUCUAUCUAUCUAUCUCAUUCUAUUCAUAUCUAUCUAUCAAUAUAUCUAUCUAUCUAUCUCAUUCUAUUCAUAUCUAUCUAUCAAUAUAUCUAUUCAUAUCUAUCUAUCUCAUUCUAUUCAUAUCUAUCUAUCUCAUUCUAUUCAUAUCUAUCUUAUUCUAUUCAUAUUUAUCUCAUUCUAUUCAUAUCUAUCUUAUUCUAUUCAUAUUUAUCUCAUUCUAUUCAUAUCUAUCUAUCUAUCUAUCUAUCUAUCUAUCUAUCUAUCUAUCUCGUUCUAUUCAUAUCUAUCUAUCUAUUUAUCUCAUUCUAUUCAUAUCUAUCUAUCUAUCUGUCUAUCUCAUUCUAUUCAUAUCUAUCUAUCUAUCUCAUUCUAUUCAUAUCUAUCUAUCUAUCUCAUUCUAUUCAUAUCUGUUUAUCUAUCUUAUUCUAUUCAUAUCUAUCUCAUUCUAUUCAUAUCUAUCUAUCUAUCUAUCUCAGUCUAUUCAUAUUCAGAUGAGCUCCAUUCUUUAG